AUGGAGCAAGCAAAAGAAGCUCCCCUUACGGUGGGGACUGGGACCACUGAAGCAACCGAUAAGAAUCGACCGUUCAGGGUUAUUAUCGCCGGUGCAGGGGUCGCUGGCCUCGCAUUCUCGCAUGCCCUGCUCCGCGCUGGUAUCGACCAUAUAGUUCUCGAGAAGGGCGUUGUUGCUCCAGACUGGGGAGCCAGUAUUUCACUCUGGGGAAAUGGCUCUCGCAUUCUUUCUCAGAUCGGCUGUCUGGAUGCACUCGAGGCCGACGCUCUCCCUCUCAAGGUGCUUCAUGUGCGAGGGCCAGAUGGGAAGGCAUUUUCGGAGGAAGCGUUCUUCGACAUGAUGCGAGAGAGAAACGGUUUCGAGGCCAUCACCAUGGAGAGAAGAAACUUCCUGCAGAUCGUUUAUGACCAGCUCCCAGACAAGAGUAAAAUAUUGACGAAAAGGCGGGUAGUAGAUGUGGUCGACAACGAAGACGGCGUGAUGGUGAAGCUUGCAGACGGCACCACUGAACAUGGAGAUAUCCUCAUCGGCUGCGACGGCGUCCAUAGCACCGUAAGAGAGCUCAUGUGGAGGAAUGCAAAUUCUAGCAUACCGAAUCAUAUCACAGCCCAGGAAAAGACCUCUUUAGUAACGACCUACAACUCCCUUGUUGGUGUUGCAAAAACUAUACCGGGGCUGGGAGUCCGCGACAUGCACUGGGUCUGCCGGCGCGGGCUGUCCUUCCUGAUACUCACACAGCCUGAUCAAACGUACUUCUUCGUCAACUGGAAGAUGCCCCAGAAGAUGAGAUGGCCCACCAAGGCUAAAUGGAGCGCAGAGGAGACCGAAAGGGCGGCUGCCUCGAUUGUUGAUAUCCCCAUUUCGGAGUCUGCAGUCUUCGGGGAGCUGUGGAAACAUAAGAAGCGCGCGCAUUUAAUCGGCCUGGAGGAAGGGACAUUUGAUCACUGGCACUUCGGAAGAAUCGCCUUGGUUGGAGACUCUGUACAUAAGGUGACUCCAAAUUUUGCGCUCGGUGCCAACUGCGCCCUCGAAAGCAGCGUCGCCUUGAUCAACGGGAUUAAUCGCCUGUACAAGAGCUUGGAACCAGGUAAGCGGCCGUCAAAAGCGGCCAUUUCGGCAAUGUUUCAGCGCUACCAGGAAGAGCGCAAGCCACGGAUGCGAAUAGCCUCUGAUGCGUCUGCGCUCCUCACUCGGCUGCAGGCAUGCGACGGCAACCUGAACCAUUUCAUCAUGCGGUAUAUUUUCCCGGUCCAGGGACAGGCAUCGUAUGCGGACAAGCUUGCCAGCUUGUGCUGCAGUGCACCAAAAUUCGACUUCUUGCCUGUCAAUUAUCCCAAUCCUUCAACUUUCAAAUGGAUGGAUGAGCUGGAGCAUGAAGUGACAAAACCGAAGGGCCACUUGGCGAUUCAGGGGAAGCUCUCCAGUGGUGGCUUUGCGAAGGUCACAUCCCUUCUGGCCGCUGUCUUCUUCAUUUUUAUUCUCUUAUGUUCGAAUUCAGGUGCCCACGAUAAUUUUCGCUAA